AUGGAGGAUAAACUUGUGGUGCUCUCGGGGGUUACCAGGAGCUUAACGACUUCACAAAUCGUAACUACCACAAUGUUAACAGAAAAGGCUGUUUCUGUGUGUUCUUCAGGAGUAUUUGCUGACACAGAUGCAGUGAAGUCAGUGUCAGUGAUGGAGGGAGAUUCAGUCUCUCUAAACUCUGAUACUGAAAUACAGAAAGGUGAUAAGAUAACGUGGACAUUCGGAACUAACGGGAAUCUUAUAGCUAAAGCUAAAAAUGACGGAGUGAAAAAUAUGAUCUCUGAUAAUCUUGAUGAGAGAUUCAGAGACAGACUGAAGCUGGACAAGAACACUGGAUCUCUGACCAUCACGAACAUCAGAUCUGAUCAUGCUGGAGUUUAUGAAGUUGAGAUCAGCCGCAGCAGCUCAUCGUCUACAUACAGAUUCACUGUUACUGUCUAUGCUCGUCUACCCAUUCCUGUCAUUGGCAGGAACUCUUCAAACUGUUCAUCAUCGGUGUGCAAAUGUGUGCUGCUGUGUUCAGUGUUGAAUGUGAGUGAUGUGACUCUCUCCUGGUACGCAGGAAUGAGUGUAAUGUCCAACAUCAGUGUGUGUGAUCUCAGCAUCAGUCUCUCUCUACCUCUGGAGAUUGAGUGUCUGGAUGAUUCCUACAGCUGUGUGGUGGCUUCUUCAUUCACCAACUGGACUACACAUCUCAACACUGAACUCUGCCAGACAUGUCCAGACUGUGUUUUCUGUUGUCAUGUUUCUGAAGCUGUCAUCCGAUUGGUCAUCUCUGCUCUGGUGGGUGUGGCUGCUGCCUGUAUUGUGGUGUACGACAUCACAUCCAGAAAACAGGAGAGAACAUAACAGACAUUAUCAUCAUCAUCAUCAUCAGACUCUCACAGAUGAAUCA